AUGGAGCGAGGGCUUCAGGGUGGUCUUGGUAGGGUUGAAGCAGUUGUUGUUACUGGUUCUCCAUUGGGGCUUCAGGGGGAUGGUGUUUCAUCCUCUUUACCAGCUGGCGGUUCGGAUAAACAGGGAGAUACUGAAUCUAAAGAUGGUGGGGAACCAGAUGUCGGGUUUCAGGUGGACCCAGGUGACAGGGCCACUAGGAAGGAGGCUGAGAAAUUUGGGGGUUCUCAAAUACAGCUUGAUAGUAAACAGGAUUUGGCUGAUUUUAUCAAUGAUCAGUGCCUUAUUGAUCUUGACUUGACUAGAGCCUCUUUCACUUGGUCAAAUCGCAGAGUUGGGGCUGCGUUGAUUCAAGUUAGAUUGGAUUGGGCCUUAAUUUCUAUUGAUUGGCUUCAGCAUUACUCUUGUUCUUUGAAUUCUAUGAUUAGAGUUGACUCUGAUCAUUAUCUUAUCAGCUUUAUGGUUGAACCCAAAGGCAGUGUGAAGGAGUGGUGGAGUGUUCAAAUUGAUGGUACAUCUAUAUUUCGUAUAGCUAAAAAGUUGAGAUUUGUGAAGGAGAUGGUGAAAAAAUGGAAUAAGGAGAUCUUUGUGGACAUUUUCUUGCAGAAAUCAACUCUUCAAGUGGAACUGAACCUCAUUUGGGAUAAGAUAUUGAAAGAAGGAUAUGUGGGUGAUAAUUUUGCAAAGGAAAGUGAUGUCUUGACUAAAUGCCAUAGUAUCAUUGCUCGUGAAGAGAUCUUUUGGAGACAGAGAUCAAGGUCUUUAUGGCUAAAUGAUGGUGAUAGAAACACAAGAUUUUUUCAUGUGACUACUCUCAAACAUAGAGCCACUAAUAGAAUUGAUCACCUUGUCAGAAAUGGUAGAAGGAUAGAGAAGGAAGAGGAAAUUAGUGAAGCUAUUGUUGAGUUUUUUGGGGAGCUUUUAAAGGCAGAUCCUAUGUUGGAUCUGGAUGCCCAAGGUAUUUUGGUGGAUGUUAUCCCUAAGGUGCUUUCUAAAGAUCAGAACCGCAACCUAGCAGUUAUUCCCUCAAAUGAGGAAAUCAAAACUGUUGUCUUCUCCUUUAAUGGUGAUAAAGCCCCUGGCCCUGAUGGUUUUCCUAUGUUCUUCUUUUAG